CAGCUUUGAGAGAGGCGCCAGUGACUCUGCAGCCGUCAGAGUACCAGAGAAAGCACUCACAGACACAGAGUGAAAUGGUUUUGUUGUAAAUGUGUAACACAGGAGAAGAAAGUUGCUGAAAAGUAGGUGGGAGUGGAGUAAAUGGAAAAUGCACUGCGACCGGAGGAGGAUGAUGACUGUGUCUGCACAGCUCUGUUUGCUGGCAUGUUUCACUCUGACUGGAGACUUUUCUUUGGCUUUGAGGCCAAAUCAAGACGUGGAAUUCACAUUUCUGUUACCUGCCGGCAGCACCGAGAGUUUCUACCAAACCACUGUGAGAAACGACACCAUGGAGGUUGAAUAUCAGGUGAUAGCCGGGUCCGGUCUGGACGUUGGUUUUGCCCUCAUCUCACCCGGCGGACACCGGCUGGUCUCUGACUUCAGGCAAUCUGACAACAUUCACAUGGUGUCUCCCACAGAGGAUGGAGACUACCGGCUGUGUUUCGACAACAGCUUCAGUAAAAUGUCGGUGAAGGUUGUGUUCUUUGGGGUGAGCGUCAGGCCAAACAGCCAGAGCGGUGCAAGUAGGGGCCAAGAUGAGUGGAUGGACGUGGCCAUGGCCGAGAGCAUGGUGGAGUACAAACUGGAGGACAUCAGGGUGACGAUGGACUCCGUGUACCAGCGACUGGAGAGGACCCGUCAGCUCCAGACCUCGCUGCGGGCCUUUGAGGCGAGGGACCGCUACCUUCUGGAGGACAACCUGUGGCGGGUGUCCUUCUGGUCCUGCCUCAACCUGCUCGUCAUGUUGACUGUUGCGGCCACACAAAUCUACACCCUGCAACGUCUCUUUGACAGCAACAAGCGGACCAGCACCUAGUCACAACAGAGCUGUUUCGCUGAUCUCCAGCAAACACCUCACUGCUCUCACGCUGGAGAGAUGGACGUUCAAUUGAUAUGUGAGCAGAACUUAAAGGGAUAGUUCACAUCUUUUACAAAAACUGAUUAAUCAUGCACUGAGGAACUUUUUUAAAUUACAGCCAAAGAGUGCUUAUGUUUUUAUGUUUUUUCUGUUUGGUCCAGUCUUACCAACACCUGAAUAUCUUACAGGACUGGAAUAUGCACAAACCAAAGACUGUACAUAAAGAUGGACGACGCAUCUUCACUUCCUCCCACUCUCCAGAAAUGAAGCCAAAUAGCCUGCAGACGAAAGCUGCCAGCUUGUGCAGACGAUGAUCAAACAUUUCACCCCAUUUUAAUAGCAACAAAUAAACCUUAAAUGUCAGAAACCCUCAUAUAUGGUUUUUUUGGGCCCUGUCCCAUCAACAUAUAUGGAGGAGUCAGAGUUAAUGACCUAUACUGCUUCCAGCCACACAGGAGCAAUCAACACAUUUUGGCUUCAUUUUUUGGGAGCUGUGAUAUCGUCCAUCUUUAAAUAGUCUAUGACACACACAGAUAUUUGUUAAUACCAUCGUUGAAGCUUUUAACUCAAACCUUUCUCACUGAUUGAUUUUAUUGAAUUUCAAAUAUUACAAACAAAACAUUACUAGAGCCUAUAUUAUGACAAAGCAAAUAAACAUCACUUACUGGACACCCUUUUUUUGCUGAGCUGUUUAAAAAGACAAAAAUAAACAAUGGAAUUGAAAGUUGGAAGUUGAAUAAC